AUGAUGCAUCGUUGGAUUUUAUUUCAUCUGUUUUUCGCAGUGAACUUAUAUCAUUUAGUUAGUUCCAAGAAACCGAUAGCAUUGAUCUAUCGAGGUCCUGCUACUUGUAAAGGUUGUUCAGAAUCUGUCGCAGUGCUUCUUCAAGACAAAUACAAAAUUAUCUACGCUGGACCAAAAGAGAAAGUUGAUGUCGAUGCCACGACUCUAUCAACAGCAGCUUUGUAUGUACAACCUGGUGGUGGUGAUCUUGACGAAGCCUGGCCACAUGUUCGUAAAUACGCUGCAGCGAUUCGUAAAUACGUAAAGAAGGGUGGAAGAUAUCUCGGCAUUUGUCUCGGUGGCUAUUUAGCUGGAACUAAACCUGGCUUUGAUCUUCUACCAGGUUCCGGCCAAACCGAUCAAUACAUCACAUCGAAAGGUGCUGUUGUUACUACUGAAAUCGAUACUGUCGUUCCACUCUAUUGGCGAGGGAAAUUGCGACAUGUAUAUUUUCAAGAUGGCGCACGUUUCGAUCUUGACAAAAAGGCAGCAAAAACGGAAGUUUUAGCAACAUACACAAAUGGAAAGAUUGCUGCUGCGGUACAACACGUUGAUCAAGGACGUGUGGGUAUGGUCGGACCACAUCCUGAAGCUGAUCAGAGCUGGUUUGAUAUAUAUAAACUCAAGAAUCCCGAUGGCAAAAUGAGUUUCGAUCUUUUUCAUGAUCUUGUUAACACAUUGAUGAAUUAA